GUCGUUCGUUUAUUUUGUAUUUUGUGCGAUUAAGCAACUUCGAAAUCAGCAACAACAGAAAAAUUCUUGUAUACGUUUUUCAACGGUCACACCGAACUGCACGCAGUGGAAUCAAGCACGGGAAUUGUGAAAACAAAUUUAUGAAAUUACAUAUUGUGAAAAUAACAGAAAAAUAAAAACAAAUUAACAAAUUUAUUGUGUAUGUAAUUUUAAAAUAAACAAAACGAAAAAUCGAAAUACAUAAUACGUCUCUACAUAUUAAAACAUACAUAUAUAUUUUGAAAUAAAUCUUUGUUUGUGGAAUUUAAUUGAAAGAAAAUAAUAAAAAAAUCUGAAAAAUAUUGAAUUGAUUCCAUCGCCGACACUGCCUUCAAUGCCAAGAUACUCCUAAACUAGUUCCGAUUUUUUUGCACACCUCCAACACCCCUAGAAAAGAGAAGCAAUAAUUCGAAAGACUUUUACUCAGUUUAAGUUGAACGUGCAUUCUGUGCAUUCAGAAAAUGGUUUUACCAUUCGGACUGUCGUCUGAUGGCCAACAUAAUCCAGAGAGUAGCGGGAGUGUGGGUGGCAGCGGUGGCGAUACGAUUACCUCAAGCCGUUCAGUAGCUUAUACACCAACAGCACCGCCAUAUUUUAUGCGAGCCCAUACAAAUGUCUCAACCGGAAUACCAAUAAUACCCAGUCCGUACAUUGAUUUUAUUGUGGUCAAUGGUGAUGACCGUUCGAUGAUACGUUGUGAACGUAAAGCCGUACUGGAGAACAGUGUAGAGUUGGCCAAAUUGAUACAUGCUGGACCGAAUAGUGGACGCAAAGGUGAUAAUCAUUUUCAGAUCUCAAAUGUAGAUAAACAUGAUUUUGAACUUGUCAUACGAUUUUUGGAAACAAAAUUUGUCAAAUAUCGCGAUCAUUUGCAUAUUUUGAAAAUAUUAGAAUUGGCUGAUCGUUACAAUUGUCCUGAUUUGAUUAUCCACUGCAUACGUGAAUUGGAUCUGCAAUUGAGCAGUGCUACAGUUGUAGAUGUUUUCCGAUCACUGUGGUUCUAUCAGGGCAUGACAUCAAACAACCAACAUCAGUUGGGUGCCGUCAUAACAACGCAAGACUCGGCAGCCAGUAAGAAAAUGAAGCGCAAAGCCCAACAGGCAGCUGCCAAUGCGAAUGCCACAAAUUCCAAUACUAAUUUAAAUUCAUCGAAUAUUCCCGCCCCUAAUCCGAAUCCAUUCACUGCAGAAGACUAUGGCGUUGCCCUACUCAACAAUGCUCUCCAGCUGAUCGAUAUGCAUGCUGAAUUGAUUCUGACUAAGCCAGAAAUGACUGAAUUACGUUUUGAGGAAUUGGAAAUGAUUGCAAAACGUGAUGCUCUACAAUUAAGUACGGAGUUGACACUAUUCACCUGCCUCGCUGAUUGGAGUGUAGCGGAGUGUAAUCGUAAAAAACUAGAUGCCACUUCAGAGAACAGACGACGUGUGUUGGGUCCAUUGUGUUUGACGCCUCACUACUGUCUGAUGAGUGCCACCGAAUUCCGGAAGGCGUGUGAUCGUGUGGAAUUACUAAACCCAUUGGAAACGUCACUCGUUAGUGAUUGUAUUGAAGGUAAAAAACUAAAGAAUCUAACACCGGAGCAAAGUCAAUUAAUGGAGAAAUUCCGUACGCCUAGACCAGAAUUUGCCAAAAUGCCAAUACAUUUAAGUGAUCGCAGUAAUCCGAAAAACUAUCCCAAGAAAAUGAGACGAGCCGAAAAGGGAUCUUCCGAUGAAAGCUGCUGGGAAAAUUUCGGCUUAAAUUGUUUGGCCGUAUUCGCCUGUAUAUUCGAUUGAGACUAGUCAUCGUUCCCACAACGUUGGGUUCCUAUUACGAAUUUCACAAUUAACUAAACUUGCAAUUAUUAUUUAAUUUAAACCCAAUUUUGCAAAGUCCACGAAGUCACAAUAACAACAACAACCUUAAUGUAUAGGCAGGCGCCAAGAAAAGAAUUUAAAACAUAGAGCAAAUAUUGUGUGCGCUUGUACAAAUAGUUUGCUCAGGGGAAAUAGAUUAUUUGUGACAACCGAGAUUAUUGCAAUUCGAAGGUUUAACAUACGACUACUUAUUUUGGUUUGGUUGUUGCAACAUAAACCCAUAUAUGUGUGUUUGAAGUUGCAACUAAAUAACUCGAUUGUCAGAAAUAAAAUAUAAUUCCUAUAGCAACAAAAUCAAUUGUCACAAUGGAGCUGCCUGCAUUUCUCGCUGUAAACUAUAUAUAUAAAUACAUACAUACUUGUUUAUAUAUGAAAUAACCCAAUACAUAAACUAUAUAUUUGCAUAAAUAUGUAAUAUAUCUAUAUGUAUUUCUCCAUAAGGCGCAAAAGAAUAGAGACUUAUCACUUGGAAAUUAAGAAAAGCAGUUUUCGAUUGGAAAAAGAGGAAGGUAGAAAAUUACUAUUAGCUAAUUAUACGAUAAACGGAUAUCACUCUUCGAAGUAAACAACAAUUGUAAAUGUAGCAAGUCUUGCAAAAAUACUAUAGAUUACAACCAAAAGUAUGAAACUAUAAAUUACUAUACCUGAGCAAAUUUUCAAGCUGUUGUAUUAUAGAAAAACAUUUUAUUUAGUAUAAAUUUUCGCUAUUCUUGCAAAUAUACUAUAUACUAGGGUAUUCAAUCGAUUAACCGUUAAUCGUUUAACCGAUUAAUUUUGGACGGUUAACUGUUCGAAUAAUUUAAAAUUGCCGAUUUUCAAAUAACAAAUAAACCGAUUAAUUUGUGU